GCAUCAGCGUCGUUAGCCUGCGGUGUGUUUUUGGAUUAGCGUAAGAUAAAUGUUUAUCGGGCGAAUCACAUUUGAAACGGAUUUUUGUGACCAACCUACCUUAAUAGUAUGAACCAGUCACAGCUGAGCAUCCACGCAGCGGGUCCCACGUAACGUCAGCGCCCGUGUUGAUUGGUCCGCGUCCGACAAACGUCAUUCACCAACCUGUGUGACUGUAGCAGCUGUGCUGCAGUCUGCCGGUGGAUAACUCGGCUAGCUGAAACAUUUGAACUAUGAGCGUAACAGCACUGUGAGAGGACAAGGAGCUGCUGCUGCUGCUGCUGCUGCUGCUGCUGGGACAGCGCACGACUCAGAGACCAGCAAUAAUGCCACAGCCCAGAAUGAUGCUGGUGGUGACAGGAGAUGAUUUUGGCUACUGUCCCAGGAGGAACCAGGGGAUUGUGGAUUGCUUCCAGGCUGGAGGCAUCUCCAAUGUCUCGUUGCUGGUUAAUGGCUCAGCUGCAAAACAGGCGGCAGAUCUGGCUAAAAGACACAACAUUCCCAUUGGCUUGCAUGCCAACCUGUCUGAAGGCAUACCAGUGUGUCCGAGCCUCCAGCAGUCCUCCACGCUCAUAAACCAGCAUGGCUUCUUCCAUGGGAAGAUGGGCUUUCGUCAGGCAUUGAAGAGAGGAGAACUCAGCAUGAAACAGGUGGAGCUGGAGUUGAGGGCCCAGGUCGGGCUUUUCGUGGAGCUGAAUGGUCACCUACCCGAGCACAUGGACGGACACCAACAUGUUCACGUCCUCCCAGAGGUCCGUGAAGUGUUUGCAAAGGUUGUCUCAGAUCUCAGGAUCCCCUACACUCGUGUUCCUGUGGAGCCGGGUCUAUACAGCUGCCCAUGGAUACCAGCACACCUGCACAAAUUCUACAAGCAGGUGGAGAAGGAUGCUCUGGAUGCCAUCCCAGUUUUCAGACGCCAUGGAAUCAGGUGGCCAGAUGUGUACCUGGGACUGACCACCAUGGGGCAGAACAUGUCCAUCCCAAGCCUGCACAGGGCCCUCAGCUACGCCUUGGCUGCGGACCCUUCAUCCUCUACCUCCAGCUGUGUGCAGGGUUCACAUCAGCCUGCGGUCACAGCUGAGCUCAUGGUCCACCCGGGGUACCCCAGUCACCCCAAGGAGGGAGGCUGUGGAGAGGGCCCCGACGACUUCUCCCAGUCUGCUGACAGGCAGCACGAGCUGAGUGUUCUCAAAGAUCCAUCUGUGCUGGCUCUCUAUUGCCAAGAGAGAGUGCAGCUCUGUGCCUUCAGAGACCUGUGACUGCUGUCAGCUUCCAAAUGUUACUCAGUUACCACUGAUAUUUGUAGUAACACGACUUUAUGCUGCCCUACAAAGUGAGACUCUGAUCAAAUUAGCUCUUAGCAGCCUUUAAGGAGUGGGACUGUCCAUGACCGGGCUCUGAGUCUAGUCUAACAGCAGCACAUGAUACACUGUAGAAACGUCUAAUGAAGGCACAGUGUUCACUGCAACACUGUUUUAAAAUGCUAACUAAUAAAUCAUUUUACUAAAGUAAUCAGCAACAUUUGCUCAGAACUCUCAUCAUAAGUAUGUUGUUUGGCAGUUUUCAGUCUGGCACAUUAUAGAAUAAAGGUGGAGGAGCUGUAUGUGUGUUCAUGGCCCUGGUUUCCACCUGCUUCACUGGAGCAGGGAUACUUUUGAACUAUCUCAGGUCUGGAUGUGUGGAACUACAGAGAGCUUUAGUAGUAUUUAUAGAUAUUUUCUUUGUAUUUCAAAGCUUAUAUUUUCAGUUUAUGUUGAAACAGUUUUAUGUGUGUUAUAAUCAAACAUCAGAACUGAACAGCUUUGGGGAAUAAAUGAUGGUAAACUUUUUUUUCUUUGUUGUUUCUAUCAUACCACUUGCAGAGUAAACCUGAUCACCAACAACAAGUGCCUUAAUUAUCUUAAAGUGCCAGUUUUUGACUUACUGCAUCCAUCUGUGGUUCUCUUUUCAGAGAAGCUGCACAAAAUCUAAAUAAAAACA